CAAGAGUGAAUAGACAUGGACACCGCCGGCAUUAUUCCCGAUAUUAUCGAUGUCAAGCCCGCCGCUAAGGCUACGGUUUCAUAUCCCUCCGGAGCUCAGGUUGAGUUGGGCAAGGAACUGACACCCACACAGGUUAAGGAUCAGCCGACAGUCACCUGGGAGGCCGACGCUGGAUCUCUGUACACUCUUCUCUUGGUUGAUCCCGAUGCACCCAGCCGUGCCGAUCCCAAAUUGCGUGAGAUUUUGCACUGGGCUGUGAUCAAUAUUCCCGGCAAUAAGGUCGCCGAUGGUCAGGUAUUGGCCGAAUACGUUGGUGCUGCUCCAGCUGAUGGUACGGGUCUGCAUCGUUAUGUGUUCUUGGUGUUCAAGCAGAAUGACAAAAUUACCACUGACAAAUUCAUUUCCAAGACAACCCGUGAGGGACGCGUCAGUGUCAAGGCCCGCGACUACAUUGCCAAGUACAGCUUUGGUGGUCCCGUUGCCGGUAACUUCUUCCAAGCCCAGUACGAUGACUAUGUGCCCACUCUGCGUGCCCAGGUUCAAUAAACCACAACGCAGAACUAAAAUGAUUAUGAAGUAAUAAAUUUAAUAUUUAUAUCGUAAA